CAUCAAUUGCACUUUUGUUUUCAGGGUUUUGUGCUAGAAUGGGAUCACCAAAGAAAGAUGCAACACCACACAGAUCCAACAUUCGUACCACUGGUCAAGAGCCUGACUCCCCACUUCCCCCCAUCAAUGAGCGGCUGGCGUACCUGCGUCCGUCCAGGGAGCUGCUGGAGUUCUACAGACAGAAGAUCGCCCAGUUUGACGGAGAACACGAGGAGCUGCUGCAGAUGCUGGAAAAGUACAGAAGCAUCACAGAGGACCAGCAUAAGCUACAGUGGGAGGUACGACAGCGUGAGGGAGAGAUUGCGGAGCUGCAAAACGCUCUGAGUGACAUGCAGGUCUAUCUUUUCCAAGAGAGAGAACAGUCUCUUCGGCUUUACGCAGAAAAUGAUCGACUAAAGAUCAGAGAGUUGGAGGACAGAAAGAAGAUUCAGCACCUUCUGGCUCUGGUGGGUCCUGAUGCAGGAGAGAUCACAUAUUUCCACCGGGAGCCUCCUCACAAGGUCACUAUCAGACAGAGGAACACUGAGUCGAGCUUGGAGGAAAAUCUCAAUCUCAGGCCAACAAAGUUAAGAUCUGCUGCAACCAGGAAAGAGAGCAGCAGGAGAACAAAAUCAGCAGACAGGGUAAAUGGUGAGAGCCUGGAACAAUACAAGAAUGAUAACCAGACGUUGUUACUGCAGGUGGAGGCUCUGCAGGCUCAGAUGGAGGAACAAACCCGUCUGGCUAAAGAGCAGGUAGAGUCUCUGCUGGAGGAUCGGCGGAUUAAAACAGAGGAGGCGCAAGCACAGCGGCAGAGAGAUGAGGAGCGACUCACAGCUCUGACUGACAA